AUGGGAUUAUUGAGACUUUUGAGAAGUUUGAAGAAGAACGAGAAGGAGGCUCGUAUUCUAGUGCUCGGACUGGACAACGCUGGUAAGACAACCAUCCUGAAGGCUUUGUCGGAGGAGGACAUCUCAACCAUCAUGCCCACUUAGGGUUUCAACAUCAAGGCCCUCGUAAGUAGCCCCCGCCACACUUAAGAAGGAUUCAAGUUGAACGUCUGGGAUAUCGGUGGACAAAAGGCAAUUAGACCAUACUGGAAAAAUUACUAUGAGAACACCGAUGGAUUAGUGUAUGUUGUUGACUCAUCCGAUGAUAAGAGAUUGGCUGAGUGCUCAGAAGAGUUACAAAGUCUUUUACAAGAAGAGAACCUUUAGAAAGUACCCUUACUCGUAUUCGCUAACAAAUAAGAUCUACAAUUCGCUUUAGAUGCUGAGGAGAACAUGGACAAUCCAAGCAUGCUCAGCUGUUACCAAAGAGGGUAAUAACUUUACUAUUUUAUAUUUUCACUAGGUUUACAAGAAGGUAUGGAGUGGUUAGUUAAAACUAUUUCCGAGAAGAAAUGA